CUCUCGGCCGCUGUGCCUGAGACACGGCACUCCGGACACUGCCGUCACCUCAGCAGCUCACGUCUGAACAUGAUUACGACCCAGGAACCCCCUGUGAUGAACUGGUGGAAGGACAAUUUCUGGAUCAUCUUAGCUGUGGCCAUCAUCAUAGUCUCUGUGGCCCUGGGCCUCAUACUGUACUGUGUCUGUAGGCGGCUGUUCAGACAAGGCAAUAAAUUGGAAAUUGCAAAGCCCAUGAAACAGAAGCAAAAAGAUGAAGAAAUGAUGUAUGAGAAUGUUACUGAUCAAUCAUCAGUUCAAUUACCUCCUCUGCCACCCAGGGAUUUUCUUUCUCAACAAGAUGCCUCCCCACAAGAAACCCCAAGUGCGCCGCCAGCAACAUACUCAUUGGUAAAUAAAAUUAGAAAUAAGGAAACGGUUUCCAUCCCGAGCUACAUCGAGCCUGAAUGUGACUAUGAUGAUGUGGAAAUGCCUGCAGGUAUGGAAAAUCAUCUCUCUGAAAAAGCCGUUUCUUCUUUUUGGAAAGCUGAAGAGAGUUCACACGGCUUUUUUUAAAACCAUCAAGAAUGGUUGAACUUCCAUGUGUCCAGUCCCGAAAGCAGCGGUAACGUUAUGAGGCUGCAUAAGACAAGCACUUCUGAACCUUAGAUGAAGAAGCUGUAGUGAUCAAACGAUGGCAGCCAGAGAAAGAUGCAGCCGCUCAGCCCUGAAGACCACGAGGAAUCAGGCCUUGAGCUUCUGUUGAGCGAGUUUCCACGGGAAGGACGGCUGGGCCUCCGGCUCCCACCCAGAGAACACACUCUGUUCUCAGCACUCUUCCCUCUUUCCUUCCCUUCUUUGUUCUGAGAGAUCUUAAAGCUUGGGGCUUGAUUGUGCAGAGCCUCCUAGGUUCCCAUCCCCAGCACCACAGCUAGGAACACAAGGUCCUGUUCCCACCAGCCCCACCCACCUCCUGCGUAGUGUCUGCGGGUGGCAGUUACAGCUGAGCGCUCUUGUGUGCAAGUCAUCCCGUCAGCCUUGUGAGUUCAAGGGUGGGGAAUGCUCUCUGUUCUUGUGAACCCUGCCCACCUACACACACACCUCAAACCCCAGUGCCUCUCUAUGACGUUGGCCAGUCUGACCAGAGUUCAAGUUCCCACCCUUGUUAUUUCCUGUACUUCCCAGUUGCACCAAAAUAAAAAAGGGACAGAUGUUACACAUAGAAGUGUCAUUUUGCAAUAUGUGUAUUGGGCUACAGGAAAAGUAGAGUUCCCCAGGAAAGAAGGGGGUGAUUAAACGGCAGAUUCAAGAUGAGAGUUCAGGGGCUUAAGGCCUUCCUGCAUAAUUUUCAUUACUACUUGCUCCGUAUAGACAGCCAAGGCCCUUCCCUCCAGAUCACUGUCCCUGAGCCUCUGGGAGGCAGCAUCUCCAGUAUGAAGUGCUGCAGCCCAUGAGAUGCCAGGGCAGUGGGCUACUGUCCUGCUAAACAAGUGCCUUCAUGUGGUCACUGGGCCUUACGUCAGCUUUGUAGGCUCCUGAACCCAAUUGGUUCUUUCAAGUUGAUCCACUAGAGCUGCAGGACUUGACACUUUCUAACCAGACUCACAAGACGCUGAUUUCUCAGCAGUCCCUGGAAAUGCAGCAGAAGAGCAGGGAGAGCAGAUGAGCUGUGAGAAGGCAUGGGAGGGACGGUGGGGUCGAGCACCUCUUCAGCGGAUGUCAAGCUUCCUCCCUCAACCAGUGCUAGACCAGGGGGACACAUCUUUCUCCCAGGCUGUGUCUUUAUAGAUGCCAUAGAGACUUCCGGCUUCCUGUUACUAUCUCUUUAUUUUAGGCCAGUGGUUCCCUCUCUAUGGUUUUAUAGAACUCUGGUAUUCAACACACCAAAGAGAGGACCCUUUUCCAAAAUUAUAGAAAAUAAGUUAACAAACAGAAGUGUUUUACACAUAUGUUUUCCUCUUGUAAACUUUCUAUAAACUGUCCACAUCUGUGACAACAGUUAAAGGCAAAUGCCUCUCAUAGCAUCGGCAGGCUGUAACUUCCUGUCUACCUGUCCUCCUCAACUGGACUGAGCACGGCAUGGGGACAGAGACUGCAUUUCUCUUUGCCUCACUGUUCUCUCUCCGCCCAUUCAAUGCCCAGGCACUUUGUAGAUACUCAAUAAAAAUGUUGACUAAGUGAUCAAUUGAAUGAAUAAACUCCGCUGGAACCUCACCACUCCCUGUACUUGGCCCUGUGAAAAACAUUCCUCUGUCUGCACUGCAGUUGCCUGGUUACAUUUCCAUUCUCCUGUGUUAA